UUAUCCGCAAUCUUGGAAGGAAAGGCGCAUGCGCAUUCGUCACCUCUCAGCACUUAGAAUUUGCGCUUGCUUGACCGGCCUCAUGUAAUCGUAUUGUACUAACGUCGGUCGGUAAUACGUAGGCAAAAUGAGUGUCGAAAAUCCCGCUAGCGACAAUGAUUGUGAAUCAGGAAAGGUAAAUGGUAAUAGAAAUGAACACGUGAACGGUGUUCACAACGGAUACAGCAGUUCCGAGAAGCAUAAAUCCAGUCACAAGUCUUCAAGUAAAGACAAACACCGAGACAAAGAUAGGGACCACAAAAGCUCUUCUAAACACAGCAGUGAUAGAGACAAGCACUCCUCUAGUAAAAAUCACAGCAGCUCGCAUAAAUCAUCCAGUAAAGACAAAGAUCGAAGCGACAAAGAUAAAGAGCGCAGUGAUCGUGAGCACAGCAGCAAGGACAAAGAUCGCGACAAGGACAAACAUCGCAGUGAUAGAGACAAACACAGGGACAAGGACCGUAGUGACCGUGACCGGGACAAACACAAGAGCAGCAGUAGCAAUGAUAAGAAAUCAUCAUCAUCAUCUUCUUCAAAGGAUAAAGACAGAGACCACAAGAGUUCAUCCAAAGAUCACAAGUCAAAGGACAAGGAUAAGGAACGUGAAAAAGAUCGCAGCAGAAGUGAUAAACAUCGCAGUGAUAAAGAGAAACAUUCAAGUUCUAAAGAAAAACACAGCUCCAGUAAAAGCAAAGAUAAGAGCAGUAGUGAAAAACAUGACAAAAUCAAAUCUGAAUCAGACUAUCAAGAUUCCCCCAUCAAAGAAGAACCCAUGCAGAUAGAUCAGGUGGAUAUCAAGCAAGAAAAUGAUGAAAGCAAUGAUUUUGGAGGAUUAAACACAACAGCUUCUUCUUGUGAUUAUUCUCUAUCACAGUUUAAGGAUGAACCACUGUCAGAACUACCACCUGAAGAAGAAAGUGAAGAAGAUUCUCCAUCGUCCGAGCGCAUUAGCAACAAACGUCGUGCACCUAGUGAGAGUGAAGAAGACAUUCCAUUACUCCAGCGUAAGAAAUCUAAAAAGAAAAUUAAAAAAGAACCUACUUACGAUGAUGAUAUGGAUGAUGAAGAAGAAAAGCCGAAAAAAAAGAAAUCAAAACCAAUAAAAGCCAAACAAACUCAAAUAAAGUCAGAGCCCAAUGAUGGCCCCAGUCCUUCUAAACGCAAGAAAAAACAAGAUGAUGAGCCUGAAGUUUGGAAAUGGUGGGAAGAAGAAAAGAAGGAUGAUGGUACCAAAUGGAAGUUUUUGGAGCACAAAGGUCCUGUUUUUGCACCAGAUUAUGAACCUUUACCUGAAAAUGUUAAAUUUUAUUAUGAUGGUAAAGAGAUGAGACUCUCUCAAGAUGCUGAAGAAGUAGCGGGAUUUUAUGCUCGGAUGUUAGAUCAUGAAUAUACAACAAAAUCCACAUUUAACAAUAACUUCUUUAAUGACUGGCGUAAAGUUAUGACACAGGAAGAAACAAAAAUAAUUAAAGAUCUCUCAAAGUGUAAUUUUAAGGAAAUGCAUGCUUAUUUCCAAAGUGUUUCAGAAAAGAAUAGAAAUCGUACAAAAGAAGAAAAAGCUGCUUUAAAAGCCAAGAAUGAGGAAAUCCAAAAAGAAUAUGGUUUCUGUAUUAUAGAUGGCCAUAAAGAGAAAAUUGGUAAUUUUAGGAUAGAGCCUCCUGGGUUAUUUAGAGGUCGUGGAGAACAUCCCAAAAUGGGUAUGUUGAAGAGACGUGUAAUGCCAGAGGAUGUUCUUAUUAACUGCUCUAAAGAUAGUAACAUACCUAAACCACCACCCGGACAUAAAUGGAAAGAAGUUAAACAUGACAACACUGUUACAUGGUUAGCUUCAUGGACAGAAAAUGUACAGGGACAAGCUAAGUAUGUCAUGUUAAAUCCUAGUUCAAAAUUAAAAGGUGAAAAAGAUUGGCAAAAAUAUGAAACAGCCAGAAAACUCCACAAAUGUAUUGAUGUGAUCAGAGAAAACUAUAAAACUGAUUGGAAAGCAAAAGAAAUGCGUGUUCGUCAGAGAGCUGUUGCUCUGUACUUCAUUGAUAAGCUGGCAUUGAGAGCAGGUAAUGAAAAGGAUGAUGACCAGGCAGACACAGUGGGCUGUUGUUCCUUGCGUAUUGAACACAUUGCUCUCCACAAAGAAAAAGAUGGGAAAGAAUAUGUUGUUGUGUUUGAUUUUCUUGGUAAAGAUUCUAUCAGGUACUACAAUGAAGUACCAGUCGAAAAGCGUGUCUUCAAGAAUCUCGAGUUAUUCAUGGAAAAUAAAAAAGACAGUGAUGAUCUCUUUGAUAGACUCAAUACACAAACUCUUAAUGAACACUUAAAAGAUUUAAUGCCGGGAUUGACUGCAAAAGUCUUCCGUACAUACAAUGCAUCUAUCACACUACAAAGACAAUUAGAUGAACUUACUGAUGCAUCAGCAUCAAUACCAGAAAAAAUACUAGCAUAUAACCGUGCAAACCGUGCAGUUGCAGUACUUUGUAACCAUCAACGUGCUGUUCCCAAAGGUCAUUCAAAAUCAAUGGAGGCUUUGAAAGAGAAAAUUCAAGCUAAACGUGAUCAAGUGGAUGAAGCUGAGGAAGACUUGAGAGAGGCAACAAAAGCAGCCAAAAGAGGUUCUGUUAAAGAGAAGCUUGCUUGUGAUAAGAAAAAGAAAGCUUUGGAACGUUUGCGAGAGCAAUUGAAAAAACUAGAACUCCAAGAGACUGAUCGUGACGAGAAUAAAACAAUUGCUCUUGGUACUUCUAAGCUGAAUUAUCUCGAUCCACGUAUAUCAGUAGCUUGGUGCAAAAAACAUGGUGUACCAAUCGAAAAAAUUUACAACAAAACUCAACGUGAUAAAUUCCGUUGGGCGAUCGACAUGGCCGGUCCGGAAUAUAUCUUCUAAGGUCAAUAUUAGCAUUAGCUAUAUCUAUAUUUUAUUUUAAUUUUUUCUUAAAUCUGAAAACGUUCCACUUACAUGUUUACAUGGAAUUUAUUUUAUGAAUUUCUAACGUAAAUUUUAAUCAGUGAUGUAGUAUUGAUUUAAAUAUUUGGACCCAAACGGAAUAGUGUUCCUCCCAUGAUUAGGAUCCAAAUUAGAAGUCUGAUUCUAAUUUAUUUUAUUUAGUUACAAUGUUCUCCUUAGCUUAAUUAGUUAUAGGUUAAGAUUAGUGUUAAAUGGGAGUUUAAGAAGUUUCUUGUAUAGAUUUUGAAACUUUUAAAUGCUAAAAAAGUACUAUUUUAUUUUAUAAAUUUCUGAUGAAACUUCUACUUAUUGAACUGUUUAUGAUUUACGAAGAAGCAGUUCAUUGGAUUUCUUUGUUUAAUGAAUGGUGACUUAUGUAAUGGUUUUCAAGUUGAUUUGUAUAUAGGUACCAGUUCUUUUAUUUACGUUUUCUAUUACUGUUCUAAGCGCCGCAAUCGCUCCUUAAACUACUUACUAUCUUUGAUUUAUGAAUGAUCAAAUAGAAUGUUCUUAAAACAUUUUAAAUUAAUCAUAACUUGAGAACCCAAAAGAGUAAAACCGUAUCAGAUGUAAUGUAAAUUGUGCACAAUGUGUGCAGUAGCAAAUGUUGUAAAGUAAGAAAUACUGUUAUUUUAUUUUUAUAAAUUUAGGAUCGGAAAUCGUGGCAAGCGCAGUUCAUGUUACGAAAGGUACAAUGCUAUAGGUAAAUUUGUAAUAUUACAUACAUUUAUGUGUGCAUCUGUAUAUAGUAAAUUUUUACCAUGUCAUACAAUUGUGAAAUGAGAUUAUCCCAAAUAAAUAAAACAUUGACACCUAGUA